AGAUGAUUAUUCAAAUGGAAUUUUAUUAGAUGCCAAUGAAACUUCAUUUGAAAUGAUGGAUGGUGGUAAUGAAGAAUUGAAUAGAUGCCCAGAUCCAAAUCAAUUUAUGAGUUUUUGUGUACCCAGUAAAGAUAAAAUAUUGGUUAUGCCUCCAAUAUAUGGAAUGAAUAUUUCCAAAGCUUUAAAACAAGAUAAAAAUAUAAAAAUAGUUUUCCUUUGCUCACCUGGAAAUCCAACUGGCACAUUAUUAUCUAAAGAUGAUGUUAAACUGAUUUUAGAUCCAAAUUUAAAUGGAAUAGCUGUAGUUGAUGAAACACAUAUCAAUUUUGUUGGUAAAAGUAAAAAUGCAAGUUUUGUAGAUUGG